AUGUCUCGCAACACGAAGGAGUUUAAUGAACUUGCGGACAAGUUCACGAAGGUGUAUGACCAGCAACGACGGGACCUAGAGCUCUGUCUUCAAUCUCGCGUCAAUGACGACAUCAAUUUUGUUUGUCAGAAGCAGAAGGGUGCUUAUUUGGAAGGGAUUGCACAAGUAUUUUGCAAGAAGGAGUAUGACGCCGGUGUGAAGUGCCAAAAGGCUGCGGGAGAGCGAUGGUCAACGGAAUGCUUCAAGGAAAACGUCGCGUUUGGUCAGUGUACAGACACGGUACUGAAGAAGCUUUAUAUUUAUAAUAUUGAGCGGAACAAGAAGAACCCUGCGGCGAAUUGA